AGCGCAGUAGUCCAGACCCAUGGGCACCGGCACAGAAGAUAAACUUUCUGCUCUGGUGUAGAGAGUAUGCUCUGUAUUAUUAUUUUCAUUUUCCUGAGUUAUGUAAACCAGUGGCUUUUGCCAAGAACUGUCUGUCCUGCAACUCUAAGCUGGUUCUCUCUCAUUGGCCAAUUUAGUUUCAUUUUUAUUGGGAGGAGUAACUUUCAAGUUGCAGCACAGCAGUUACUGCUGGUGUCUCUGAGGAGCAAGGUGCCUGGAGUUCAGGGCCUCCACCAGUGACGAUGACAGUAGUGGACGAGUUGGUUUUCUUUGUGAAUGGCAAAAAGGACCUCUUGAGACACUGCGGGAAGGUGGACAAGCAAUGUCAAGAGGAGUAAUGUGAAAGCAAUGCUGUAAAAACAGAGCUAAGCAAGGUGGUUGAGAAAAAUGCAGAUCCAGAAACAACGCUUUUGGCCUACCUGAGAAGAAAAUUGGGGCUGAGUGGCACCAAGCUUGGCUGUGGAGAAGGAGGGUGCGGCGCUUGCACAGUGAUGAUCUCCAAGUAUGAUAAUCUCCAGAACAAGGUCAUCCACUACUCUGUCAAUGCCUGCCUGGCCCCCAUCUGUUCCUUGCAUCAUGUGGCCGUGACGACUGUGGAAGGAAUAGGAAGCACGAAGACAAGGCUGCAUCCUGUGCAGGAGAGAAUUGCCAAAAGCCAUGGCUCCCAGUGUGGGUUCUGCACCCCUGGCAUCGUCAUGAGCAUGUACACCCUGCUCCGGAACCAGCCUGAGCCCACCAUUGAGGAGAUUGAGGAUGCCUUCCAAGGAAAUUUGUGCCGCUGCACAGGCUACAGACCCAUUCUCCAGGGCUUCCGGACCUUCAGCCAGAAUGGUGGGUGCUGUGGAGGAAAUGGGGACAACCCAAAUUGCUGCAUGAACCAGAAGAAAGACCGAACAAUCACUCUGUCACCACCUUUAUUCAAGCCAGAAGAGUUCACACCCCUGGAUCCCACCCAGGAGCCCAUCUUUCCCCCAGAGUUGCUGAGGCUGAAAGACACUCCUCGGAAGCAGCUGCGAUUUCAAGGGGAGCGUGUGACCUGGAUCCAGGCCUCAACCCUGCAGGAGCUGCUGGACCUCAAAGCGCGGUAUCCUGAUGCCAAGCUGGUGGUGGGGAACACGGAGAUUGGCAUUGAGAUGAAGUUUAAGAAUAUGCUGUAUCCUAUGAUCAUCUGCCCAGCCUGGAUCCCUGAGCUGACUUCAGUGGAACAUGGGCCUGAGGGUAUCACCUUCGGAGCUGCUUGUUCCCUGAGCUGCAUGGAAAAGGUCCUGGGUGAUGCAAUAGCCGAACUUCCUGCCCAAAAAACAGAGGUGUUCAAAGGGGUCCUGGAACAGCUUCGCUGGUUUGCUGGGAAGCAGAUCAAGUAUGUGGCGUCCAUUGGAGGGAACAUCAUCACUGCCAGCCCCAUCUCUGACCUCAACCCUGUGUUUAUGGCCAGUGGAGCCAAGCUGAUGCUAGUGUCCAAAGGUACCAGAAGAACUGUUCGAAUGGACCACACCUUCUUCCCUGGCUACAGAAAGACCCUGUUGAGUCCAGAGGAGAUACUGUUUUCCAUUGAGAUCCCCUACAGCAGGGAGGGUGAGUUCUUCUCAGCAUUCAAGCAGGCCUCCCGGAGAGAAGAUGACAUUGCCAAAGUGACCUGUGGCAUGAGAGUGCUGUUCAAGCCAGGGACCACAGAGGUAAUGGAGAUGUCCCUUUGCUAUGGAGGAAUGGCGAACAGGACCAUCUCAGCUCUCAUGACCACUCAGAAGCAGCUGUCCAAGUCCUGGAAUGAGGAGCUCCUGCAGAAUGUGUGCAAAGAGCUGGCAGAGGAGCUGCACCUGGAGCACAAUGCCCCGGGAGGCAUGGUGGACUUCCGGCGGACCCUCACACUCAGCUUCUUCUUCAAGUUCUACCUGACCGUGCUGCAGAAGCUGGGCAAAGGCAACCCUGAAGAUAAGUGUGGCACACUGGACCCCACCUUUGCCAGUGCCACUCUGCUCUUUCACAAAGACCCUCCAGCCAAUGUCCAGCUCUUCCAGGAGGUGCCUCCCGGUCAGUCUGAGGAGGACAUGGUAGGCCGGCCCCUGACCCACCUGGCUGCGAACAUGCAGGCUUCCGGAGAGGCUGUGUACUGUGACGACAUCCCUCGCUACGAGAACGAGCUGUCUCUGCGGCUGGUCACCAGCACCCGGGCCCAUGCCAAGAUCUUGUCCAUAGACACGUCAGAAGCUCAGAAGGUGCCGGGGUUUGUGUGCUUCCUCUCAGCUGAUGAUAUUCCCGGAAGUAACAUAACUGGACUUUUUAAUGAUGAAACAGUCUUUGCAAAGGAUAAGGUUACUUGUAUUGGGCACAUCAUUGGUGCUGUGGUCACUGACACCAGAGAACAUGCACAGAGAGCUGCUCAAGGGGUGAAAAUCACUUAUGAGGACCUUCCAGCUAUUAUCACAAUCGAGGAUGCUAUAAAGAACAACUCCUUUUAUGGAUCUGAGAAGAAGAUCGAGAAAGGAGACCUCAAGAAGGGGUUUGCUGAAGCAGAUAAUGUUGUUUCAGGAGAGUUCUACAUUGGAGGCCAGGACCACUUCUACCUGGAGACUCACUGCACCAUUGCUGUGCCCAAAGGCGAGUCAGGGGAGAUGGAGCUCUUCGUGUCUACCCAGAACACCAUGAAGACCCAGAGCUUUGUUGCAAAAAUGUUGGGGGUUCCAGCAAACCGGAUUGUAGUUCGAGUGAAGAGGAUGGGAGGAGGCUUUGGAGGGAAGGAGACCCGGAGCACUGUGUUGUCCACGGCAGUGGCCUUGGCUGCAUACAAAACCGGCCACCCUGUGCGCUGUAUGCUGGACCGUGAUGAGGACAUGCUGAUCAGCGGUGGCAGACACCCCUUCCUGGCCAGAUACAAGGUUGGCUUCAUGAAGAAUGGGAAGAUUGUGGCUCUGGAAGUGGAUCACUUCAGCAAUUCUGGGAACACGCUGGAUCUCUCUGAGAGUAUAAUGGACCGAGCCCUCUUCCACAUGGACAACACCUACUUAAUCCCUAACAUCCGGGGCACUGGGCGGCUGUGCAAGACCAACCUGCCCUCUAAUACAGCCUUCAGGGGCUUUGGGGGACCCCAAGGGAUGCUCACUGCGGAAUAUUGGAUGACUGAAAUCUCAGUGACCUGUGGGCUGCCUCCAGAGGAAGUGCGGAGGAAAAACAUGUACCAAGAAGGGGACCUGACCCACUUCAAUCAGCAGCUUGAGGCAUUCACCUUGCCCAGGUGUUGGGAUGAAUGCAUAGCAAGUGCUCAGUAUCAUGCUCGGAGGGCUGAGGUUGACAAGUUCAACAAGGAGAAUUGUUGGAAAAAGAGAGGGCUGUGCAUAAUCCCGACCAAGUUUGGCAUAAGCUUUUCUGUUCCUUUUCUAAAUCAGGCAGGAGCCCUCAUUCACGUGUACACAGAUGGUUCUGUGCUGCUGACCCAUGGGGGCACUGAGAUGGGCCAAGGCCUGCACACCAAGAUGGUCCAGGUGGCCAGCAGAGCUCUGAAAAUUCCCAUCUCCAAGAUUUACAUCAGUGAGACAAGCACUAACACUGUGCCCAACACCUCUCCCACAGCUGCUUCUGUCAGCGCUGACAUCAAUGGCCAGGCCAUUUAUGAAGCUUGUCAGACCCUCUUGAAGAGGCUGGAACCCUUCAAGAAAAAGAAUCCCAAUGGCUCCUGGGAAGACUGGGUCUCGGCUGCCUACUUAGAUGCAGUGAGCUUGUCUGCUACUGGAUUUUAUAAGACACCCAACCUUGGUUAUGACUUUAAGACCAACUCUGGGAAUCCCUUCCACUAUUUCAGCUAUGGGGUGGCUUGCUCUGAGGUAGAGAUUGACUGCUUAACAGGGGAUCAUAAGAAUCUCCGCACAGACAUCGUCAUGGAUGUUGGCUCCAGUUUGAACCCUGCCAUCGAUAUUGGACAAGUGGAGGGGGCAUUCAUCCAGGGUCUUGGCCUCUUCACCCUGGAGGAGCUGCACUAUUCCCCUGAGGGGAGCCUGCACACCCGUGGGCCCAGCACCUACAAGAUCCCUGCAUUUGGCAGCAUUCCCACCGAGUUCAGGGUGUCCCUGCUCCGAGACUGCCCCAACAAGAGGGCCAUCUAUGCAUCCAAGGCUGUAGGGGAGCCGCCCCUCUUCCUGGCUGCCUCCAUCUUCUUUGCCAUCAAGGACGCCAUCAGUGCCGCUCGAGCCCAGCGCUCAGAUUAUAACAGCAAGCAGCUUUUCCGGCUAGACAGCCCUGCCACCCCGGAGAAGAUCCGCAAUGCCUGUGGGGACCAGUUCACCACCCUGUGUGUCACUGGUACACCUGAAAACUGUCAACCCUGGUCUCUGAGGGUCUGAAGAGAAAGUGCCCAGCAGAAUGUUCUUGUGCAUGUUCUGAAGAACCUAGAUCUAUACAAGCUGGACGGCAAAGCUGUGAUUCAUCAGAAUGGCAUUUGGCAAAAAAGGAAUGCAUUGGAAGAUUUUGAUCAAUAAUGAUUUGCAAACAUAAUGAUGAGCAAAUUUGGAACUUUUUUUUUUUUGGUACCGGGGAUCGAACACGGAACCUUGCGCUUUCGAGAUAGGUGGUGGAACCACUGAGCUAAAUCCCCAGCCCCAAAUUUGGAACUAUUAAGCCUAAGUGACCACUAUGCAUUUCAUAUGUAGCUAUUUCAAGUCUGCUUUAAUCAAGUAUUUGUGAUAGGUUAAAGGAAUGUUUGUGCUAUGUUCUCAUGCAGUGGACAGUGUGCACAGCCCCAAGUGCUGGCGGUGUCUGUCUGUCCUCCAAAGAGGAUCCUUGCAAACCUCCAAAAGCUUAAACCAAAGUUACUCUAAAUCUGUGUGCCUUCAUCACCAAUGAAUGUUGCGUUAUAACCUCAGAGCUAUAUAACAAUUUGCAAUGAGGCAUCGGGGUAAGAUUAAAACUAACCACCUUUGGGUCAUUGGAGAGAAUAAAGAGUGAAACAAAUUGAA